GAUUGAUAAGGCGUUUUGGGAUAGUGCGUUCGGCGGGGUUUGGCAUUGUGGUUCAAUCUGCACGGGGGGUAGAGACAUCACCAAUUGCAUCAGUUCAACCCACGCGACGAUAAAUUGCGGUGCCCGUUCCAGAUGGAACCAACACAGGCAGGCGAAGAGCAACCGGAGGAACGAGAGAAACUUCCACCAGCAGCUGUGGAUGGUGGGUCAGUUUCUACGGCCGACACCGAUGCGUCAACAGAUAACAAAGAGGCCGAAAAAAUAGCAAACGAAACGGAGAAGGCCGAGAUUAAACCUCCGGACGUCGCCACACCGCAGAAGACGCCCAGAGAAAUGGAAGAAGAAUCACCCGAGGACGCGGUUGUGAUAGAGAGUUCACCGGAAAAACAACCGUCCGAGAAAACCAAAGAAGAUUCCAUUAAAAGUCCCGGCGAGGAAGUAUUCUCCAUCGACGACGAGGAAGAGCACGAGGAGGAGGAGGAACCGGAGGAAGAUGAGGAAGAGGAGGAAGAUUACGGGGAAAUGGAUGAGGACGAGGAGAUUUACGUCGAGACGACGGACCGCGUCGGUGCGACGGAACUGUCCGACGAACGUUCGUCCGAAUCGGACAUCAGCUCCGACGAGUACACGGAUGAUGACGUCGAUCAGAUCGUGAUUGGUGGUCACAAGAAGGGGGGAAAGGAGGGACCGCUGGAAAACCGCAGAAAGGUUUCGAGCAACGAGCAGGACGAUGACGAUGAAGAUGUGCAAAUCCUUACCGAUGACGACGAGCCGGAAGACGAUGAAGGCAAUGAAGUAGAGGACGAGGAGGGGGAUGAUGGCAUGGAGGAAGAAGAAAAUAUGGAUGUGUCGUCGCCACAGGGAGUGACCAUAGUGAGGGCAUACGGAUUAAACGAUGACUCCGACAGCAGCGAGUCGGGGGAGGAGAAAAAUCGAAGGCUUAAAGUGAAAUAUCGUAACUACCAACACAAACAGGCAGCGGUGCUCCGGAAAAGAUCUUUUAAAAUAUUAAACAAACGAAGCAUGCACGUUAUGGAAGACAGCAGCGAUGCGCUCGUGGUGUGUUCGGAAGCAAAUCUUACAACAAACCUAAAACCAUCGCCAACAGAACACGCGGAUGAGGUAUCACCGUCCGUCGGUAAACUAUCGAUUGCUGUAUCACCAGAAGAGAAGAUAGAAACAACCGUGGAACCAAGAGUAUCCGAAAUCACCACCGCCAGUAGCACCGACAACCAAAGUGAAACCAAAGAAGCAGAGUCGGUAAAACAAGCUGUGGGUGAACGUGAAACCGAACGAGAGUCGAAGGAAGUUAGUUCGAGUACUAUCUGCGGCGACAAAAUGCCGACGGCGACAGCGAUAGAGGUGUCGGAAAGGAUUGCCGACUCGAGCGACGACGUCGUGUCGGCGCUUGAGUGCAAGAAAUCGAUCUCAGCAGCAACGACACCGUCGGUAAAUAGUGCUACCAGUAUGGAACCGGGUGAUGGGAAGGCAAAGGAAACCAACACGACCAUAGCUGCUGAGGUAGUACAGAAAGUAGGUACUAAUUCGAGGAAGAAUAAUGCAGUGGAACAAGAGGACGAGCGGCAACCGCCAACCAAUGGAGAAGAAAAUGAACCAACGGCGGAUGAGAUAAUGGAAGGCAUUGAUGACUUUAUGGAACACAACGGUAGCGAUGGACAGGAACCAAAUGGACAGGACGAGAGAGAUUUCAACGAUGAUCUAGCAUUCCAGAUGGAUGUUGAUGACCGCGUUCCGGACAAACAAUCUGUUUCGGAGCAAGUGGUGGAACAAAGCGAUAAAACAGACGAAGGAAAACAUCCAGAAGAAAGUGCCAUGGAUUUAACAUCCACCCUCUCCGAACCGCAACAACCGGAACGGGAUACUCCGGUUUCCGUAAAUGCAAAAGAACCGAACGCGGAUGUCGCCACCAGUGUCGUCGUUAGCGCGUGUCCUGUGCUCGUCGAUGUAGUGGAUAGUUCUCCGGAGAAAUGCGGCCAACGCCAAUCCUCGUUGGCUGCUUUGGCCUCGAAGAAGGAUAAUUUAGAAAUGCACGACAAAACUAUUAUCACAUCAACACCAAUUGCUGUUGCAUCGGAAAAGCGAACGGAAUGUGCUCAAGGACCGUCUUCACCAUCACAGGAAGGGAGCAUGAUGGAGGUAAAGUGCGAAGUCGAUGAAGUCGGAGGAAAAUCUCAACGGAUUGCGGACGUGCAGGAUGAGGUGCAGAAUCUUUCCACGAGUAAACCGACGGCACGGAGCGACACUGUGCGUGGUGCGGACAAUCAACCCGACGCGGUCAGUCGGAAACGAAGGCGCUCGGUGGAUCAAGACGAUGGGAACCAUUCGGGUCCAGAACCGGACGAACCGGUUGAACCGGCCAAAAAGCUAAAGCUUGAGGUGGAAGCGAACUAUCAAACGCACGAACGUGUCGUGAACGAGUACAUCGAGGCCACACCGAACACGUCCGUGGACGAAAUUCAAUGCCAUGCCGAUACGCUAGUAAAGGAAAUUCAAACCCUCAAUGAUAUGAUUCGUGACACGGAGCAAAAGUGGAAUAAUCUCUUGCACUUGAAGAAAGUAAAGGAGGAGAUUCUGUUGCGGUUAAAUCGCCGAAAGCACGUGAUCGGUAUUACGGAGACGAGGCUAGGGGAGGUGUCGGCCUUUAGUCAUCUAGAUUCGUCCAACCUGAGUAGCCAUCAUCAGCUAAACCAACAACGAUCGUCCUCGGUUGGGCCGCGUCCACCGACACCACCGCCGGAAGUAGAGAUCCGUCCGGCUUCCGUGUCCACCUCGAUGCAUUAUAAUAAUAACGCUUCGAAUGGGUUGAAUUCGUUCGGAGGUAAACAUUCACAGAUCCCCAAUCGCCGAAACAGUAGUAUCACGACCGGCAGCAGCGGUCACAGCAACGCUGGUGGCAGGCGAAGUGGGUCCACGAGGGACACCAACAACUUUGUAUCACAGUUUAAUAGUAACAACAAUGCCGUAACGAUGGUGCCAUUACCGAACACAACCAGCAUGAUCUUGCAGGCCCGGGCCAGCAUGAACUCGGCGGAAAUUGCGAAGGAGAAAGCGGCCGCAAUGCAGGUCCAGCGACAGCUGUUCCCCAAGCCGGUUCUCAGUAAUCAGCAGCAAAUACUGAACAAUCUAGCCAUGUCGGCCGGCUUGACGUCGCUUACGUCCGGGGCUGGAAAUAGCAACACUUCCAAUACGGCACUUCUGAACGGCCACCACAAUCCAAGCGUAUCGUCGGUAAAUAGCGGCGGAACUACCAGCCGAGAGCAGCAACAGCUCCAAAUCGGUCGCCAAGGUAUGCGCAAGGACGUUAGCAGUAUUAUAGCAGACUAUCGGCAGAAGCAUCCCGAGAACGUACCACGUCGCGGCCGAAGGAUGAAGCACGUCGGGGGCUCCAGUGGUAGCAACAAUGGAGGAACAUCUACGGGCAACAGUAUUGGAUCGUUCGUGGAAGGAAGCGCCAUCAGCUUGACUGCACUGCCCGGCGGUAAAUCUGCCGCUGGAAUGGGAAGCGCGGCACGGUCCAGUUCAACAGACAGCGUCGCCAAUCGACUUUCCGAUCUUCUGGCAGCUGCAGAGAAUUCGCGUCCAUCUAGCAAUGACUCGAGCCAGAGCAGCUCUAACUUGCUCUCGUCACUGGUGACCGCUUCCGGUGGGGCUGCCAACGCCAGCAGCACCACCCAGCAGCAGUUCCUUAAAGACGUGCUGGUCCAGUUUGCCAAGAUGAGCCAAAAUGAGCAGAGCUUGCUGUCGAAUCUGCAAUUGCUGGCCAAUAAUGCCGUUCUAGCUUCGACCGGGCAAAGUACCGCCACCACUAACACCACCGUAUCAUCCCCCCAGCAGUCCCCGCAGCACUUCCAGCACCAACAACAGCAACAGCAGCAAACAAUGCCUCAGCUCCAUUCGUCGCUCCUAUCCAAAGCAUCCCUGCCAGAGGUGACGCUGCAUCCGGUGAUGAACUCGACCGCCCAUUCGGACAUCAUCGGAUCUCACAACACGACCGGUACGCUGGUCGGGGCAAACUUGAGUGCGGUGAACACCAGCUCGAACUCACUGCUUCACGGAAUUCUCACCAAAUCGGCUUCCCGACCGGGAAACGGUGCAGCGGCCACAGCCAACAACUUCAACUCGUUCUCGCCCACCCUGGCCCGAUUGCUCACCGGACCGGAACGGAUGAAUGCCGCCCAACCGACAACGUCCUCAUCCUCCACGGUGACAUCCGGUGCUUUGGCAAACCUUCAAACGGCCGGUGUUAUCGGUGGACUAAACUUGUCCAAAAACAACAGUGAGAUUUCGAUAACUCCCGUCGUCGGAUCCAACUUCCAGCAAACAUUGCUAGCCCAACAACAGCAACAGCAGCAGCAACAACAUCAACAGUUGCAACGCCUUCGAGAGCAACACUUGUUUAAAGGAGAAUCAUAUCUCAACAUAGACGACGAAGCCGACGAUAGCGCGGACCGGUUGGUGAUCGACGAAGGGGACGACAUGGCUGGAUCGCACAGGGACGCCAUAAGCAAACGGCGCGUUGCCGAAAUAAACGAAAACGAAGUGCCACAGUGUCAGGGGUGCAAGAAGAACGAGGCCAAGUUUGUCUGUGCCGGGUGCAACCAUCAGUGGUACUGUAGCCGCGAAUGUCAGGUAAACGCAUGGGACGACCAUUCGGAAGUUUGUAGCGGCUAAUUUCUCGCUCCAUAAAAAUGGGUGGAACUAUGGAACAAAAGUGUACCCUAUUAUGCAUUAAGCUAGUAAGUGAAUGGUAAGAGAUAAAAGGCUAAGCCAACACAGAAGGAAUGUUCAAACGUAUGAUAAUCCGAGCAUCGUAGACAUGAUAAAGCAGGUUAAUAUCUGUAUCGAUCUGUAAUGUUACCUAGUUUACGUAUGGCAUCUGCUUAAGCAAGAAAAAUCACUACUUUCUCUAGCGCUUUGCGUAAGGGAUUAACAAAACCGUAUAUUACGAGGUAAAACGUAUAAUGAUGAAAAAGGGUUAUCCAAAAGUGAAAACAAUUUAGCACAAUAAGCAUAAAUGAAAGCAUAUUGUAGGAAUGAGUAGUUUAAAUACAACACUUGGACACUGGUAGCACUCGUUCAAAUGUUUCGCCAUGCAUUACUGAUAAACACGUGGAACAACGUAUAUCUAUGGAAUAAAAUAAUGCACCGUUCAUUGUGGAAGGACUGCAAAGGUUUCCGGAACGUAGGUCAAUGUAAAAUUAUUUUCUUCUUCGAUAGAAACUCAAUUGUAGUUGGAAUGAAUGUCAAGUAAUCUAUUUGUCCAAUUUACUGCUUCUACAGUGGACUGGACAUGGUAUGAGGGCGAUAAGUUUUUCGUUGCAGAAGGACGCUGUGAAGUCAUCAGUACGGAUGAAUGAAAUAAAUUGUCUUGUAGUUGAAAAAUCGGUGGUACUGUUGCUUCACAUUCAAAACAUGAUUUUUCUGAAAACAGGAAGCAGAAGAGAAGAGGGAUUUGAACAAUUUCUAUCGUGUGACAUAUGCGAAGGGAAACUAAGCAUUAAAGUUAGUAUGUGUUAUUCAAUACUUAUAUUAUUCAUGAAUGAAGUAACCAUCUGUCUAGUUGUAUAGAAGCUAAAUAAAAGAGCGCAAGGAAUCGUCAAACGGUGGUGUAAAGAACAAGCGGAAGCCAAAUAAAGCUUUC